AUUUCUACAAUGGAGGAUAAAGCGUCACUAAAAGAGCUUGAUCAGUGGAUAGAGCAGCUAAAUGACUGCAAACAAUUGACAGAAAGCCAAGUUAAAACUCUCUGCGACAAGGCUAAAGAAAUUUUGGCAAAGGAGUCAAAUGUCCAGGAAGUUAAAUGCCCGGUGACAGUAUGUGGAGACGUUCAUGGACAAUUUCAUGAUCUUAUGGAAUUGUUUAGAAUAGGUGGAAAAUCACCGGAUACAAAUUAUCUGUUUAUGGGCGAUUAUGUUGACAGAGGUUACUAUUCUGUGGAAACUGUUACUCUUCUGGUGGCACUGAAGGUGAGAUACAGAGAGAGAAUAACUAUUUUAAGAGGGAAUCACGAGUCAAGACAAAUCACACAAGUGUACGGUUUUUACGAUGAAUGUCUACGUAAAUACGGUAACGCAAAUGUUUGGAAAUUUUUUACCGAUUUAUUCGAUUACCUACCCUUGACUGCGCUGGUAGACGGUCAAAUAUUUUGUUUGCACGGUGGACUGUCACCUUCCAUUGAUACCUUGGAUCACAUUCGUGCUUUGGACCGUCUCCAAGAAGUACCACACGAGGGACCAAUGUGCGAUCUAUUAUGGUCAGACCCUGAUGACAGAGGAGGAUGGGGUAUUUCACCUCGUGGUGCCGGUUACACCUUUGGCCAGGACAUUUCUGAAACAUUUAAUCACUCUAAUGGCCUGACUCUGGUAUCACGAGCUCAUCAGCUUGUCAUGGAAGGCUACAAUUGGUGUCAUGAUCGUAAUGUUGUAACAAUAUUUUCUGCACCAAAUUAUUGUUAUCGUUGUGGUAAUCAAGCUGCAAUUAUGGAAUUGGAUGAUGCAUUGAAAUAUUCAUUCCUGCAAUUUGAUCCGGCACCACGACGUGGAGAACCACAUGUCACUAGGCGGACACCGGAUUACUUCCUCUAAGGAGUUUAAAUAUCCAGAUAGAUUUUAAAUAAGGUAGGGGCAUGGAACGACGCUGGUUUAAUAGUGAAGCCACUAAACAUAAUCUUUAAUAAGUAAUAAUAAUAAUAAUAAUAAUAAAAUGUGUAACAUCGGUAAUAAGUGUAAGAGAUGUGUUGAGCUCGUGGAUUAGCAAUCCUGAGCUAUUUUCUUACAUAAAACUCCAUAGAUCCCAAGUAUUGUAUAAUCACUAUUACAUGGCCCUUGAUCAACAUGUCGCCGAGUAAUGUGACUAAUUAAAUAAACGCCUGCGUCUCCAUUAACAUGUACACACCACACACAUACUAGACAUGUAGACACAACUAUUUUACACAUUAAGAAAUAAUAAUAAUAAUUAAUAAAUAAUAAAUAAUAUUGUACACUUGUAACAACUCUACCGGUACGAUAAUUCUUUUUUUAUUUUAUUAAAUUACGUAAUAGUCAGUCGCUUUGAUUUUUUAAAAUUAAAACUAUAAAAUUUGAACAAGUGAACCGUACACACACAUCUCGAUUCUAAUUAGUGCCCAAGAGUCUCCGUUUAAUUAUUAUUAUUAUUAUGAGCAUACCUUAUUAUUUGGAUUUAAAAUAUGAUUUUUAUUUUUAAAUAUUUUAUUUAAAAUAAAAAUUGUAAUUUUAGUUAAAAGAAAAAAAGAAUAAGAAAUAAUAAGCGCAUGUGCUCGUGUGUCAGCUCAUUCAAUCCAAUCCGCAUUAAUUAAUUGUAUAAUCGCGAAGGUAUUUCAGUAUGUAAACUAAUUAAAUAAACAAACAAUACGGAUACGGAUUGAUGCAAUAGUGAGUUGACUCGUAAUAAAAAAAUUUGAAAAUUUAUAAACAAUCGUGUUAUUGAAGAUUUAAAUUAUUUAAAUUACCAUAACGAUUGUUUUAAUAUGCACUUGGUAAUUAACUUUUUUUAUAAUUCAAAUACUCAUUUAUAGCAAUUAGUUUAUUAUAUACUUAAAAUAAUUAAAGGUAUCAGUCAAAGUUAUUAAUAAAUAAUUUUAUAAAAUUUAAUUGACUAAACAUUAUUUAUAUUUAUCACUUAUUUUCUUUUGGUAAUUUAUUAUUUAAAUCUUCAGACACGAUAAAUUAUUUUUUGAGCUGUCGUUUUAUCGAUUCAAAUGUAACAGAGUUGUUUAUAAGUUUUAUUGUAAUUUUUAUUAUAAUUCAUAUUAAAAAAACAACUUUGAGAAUUUAAAAAAAAAGAGUCAGAUAUUUUUUACGACGGUUUAUAAUUUUCUAUUUUUUAUUCGAUCAUUGCCCUUUUUCAUGCCUUGAUUUAUUAUUUUCUGUCCAUUAUUUAAUGAUUAUUAUAUAUUACAAUAAUAACUAUAAAUAUAUAUAUAU